AUGGGUAUGGUUGACGUAGAGGACCCAUUUUUCAUCUCCAGUGAAAAUGGUGUCCAGUCAGUCGAAUCUGCGGCUUCUGGAGAGCAGCUGAGUACAGAUGUCCAGUCGUCUUUGGCGGUUGCCGUCGCUCAAUGCAUGUGGGAGCCACUAACCGAGGUUUUUCAACAUUCCGAGAGAUCGCAGUCCAUUGCUCACGGUGGACAGCGAACAGUCCAGACUGGCAGCAAAAUACCGCACACCUUCAUAUGGAUGCUGCUUCGCCAGAUUCUUCAGUUCGUUGAACGAUAUUGCAGUCGGUCGACCAGAGCGAGGCUCAUCUUCGAGUUUCUUGUUUCCGGCUUUGAAGCGCUGGAACCAGCCGCGCACAGAUAG